CGUUGCGUUUGUGCGUGCAUAAAACAACAGUGUAAUUCCAUAAGAAUGUCCUUCGAACAUCUCCACGAUGCCCUCUGGUCGAAUCUAUAUAAUUCUGACGCACAUGAUAUCCCUCGCGCACUGAACUUGCUUCAUUCCCCCACAUCGCCUAACCGAAUGUAAAGUAAACGCGAUUGCGCUUCGAAAGAGAAUCGUAGAAACGGGUUUGACAGUGUCCAAAAGAAGACAAAGACUCAACGAGAUUCCUGAGAUCAUCCUUCCCACUCUAGAUGUUGCUUGCGGAAUAUGCAUCUCAUCUUUUAAGGUAACCGUGUGAUUUCGUCGAAGAAAUGGAGGCACGCAUUCGGCCGUCGACAUCGUGCCUCCAAUGCUCCGACAACCUCGUGCAAGGGAACGAGGUGCGGCCGAUGCCGGGAACGAUGAAGCUGUCGACGAUCAUCAACAGCAGCAACGGUUCAUCAGCGAACGUUACCGGUCUCUCCGCCGUUUUCCCUAUUCCCUGCGACAACCUCACCGACUUCGUCGGCCACGAGACUCUCGUCGGACAAUCGGCCGAGAAUGUUACGUGUCUGAAACACGCGCCUAGACUGACCAGAGCGGUAUACCUCCAGGUUAUUGUGUUGACGGUCAUGUCGGUUCUAAGCCUGGUCUGCAAUGCGGCGACAAUAUAUUCAAUCGCAAAGAAUCGUCGAAAGCAGCGAGGCUGCUCGGCGAUCUACACUCUCAUCCUUCAUCUAUCAGUGGCCGACCUGUUGGUCACCGUCUUCUGCCUGGCCGGCGAAGCAAUCUGGAGUUAUAACGUCGCAUGGUUGUGGGGCAAUGCUGCAUGCAAGAUCUUCAAGUUCCUACAGAUGUUCAGCCUGUACUUGAGCACCUUUGUGCUCGUACUGAUCGGUGUCGAUCGAUUUGUCGCGGUGCGAUAUCCGAUGAAGGGUCUCAAUACAUCUCAGAAGUGUUCGCGAUUCGUUCUAUUCGCUUGGGUGCUGUCUUUUGUGCUCGCCACUCCACAGGUAGCGAUAUUUCAUGUUUCACAAGGACCAUUUAUCGAGGAAUUUCCACAAUGCGUAACCCAUGGCUUUUAUACCGAGCCCUGGCAGGAACAGCUUUAUGCUAGUUUCAGCCUGUUCUUCAUGUUCCUCCUGCCAUUGGCGAUUUUAAUUACCACAUAUGUAUCUACGGUGAUUACUAUCUCCCAAAGUCAGAAAAUGUUCAAAGCGGAGCCUGUGAGAGGAGUAUACAUUAGAAACAGCGACCUAAAUAGGAGAAGACUGUUGCACCGGGCGAAAACAAAGUCAUUACGUAUUAGCGUCGUCAUUGUAGCGGCAUUUCUAAUCUGGUGGACGCCGUACUACACGAUGAUGAUAAUCUUUUUGUUUCUCGAUCCCGACGAACAUCUCAGCCAGGAGUUACAGAACGGAAUAUUUUUCUUUGGCAUGAGCAACAGCUUGGUAAAUCCUUUGAUAUAUGGUGCAUUUCAUCUUUGGCCACAGAAACAACGGCAUGGCUCUUAUCAAAGAUCUGACUUUACGAUGCGGAGUAUGAGAAAACCCAUGCAAAGCAAAUCGUCGCUUCUCUCCCAUCAAGAAAAUGGCUGUAAAGUGCAGCAUUAAGUAUAAUAUUUUAUCAAAUAGAAUUAGCAUCUAACAUAAAAACAACAUAUGUAUAUUGUGUGAAAUCGUAUCAAAAGAUGAUAGCAUACAUUGUAAAAAAAGGUAUGUUAAAUUACUUAUUGUUCAUGUAAUUCUGUAAUAUUUUUUUACAGUGUAAGUUAUACGAAGUGAGAAAUGAAGAAAAGCAUUACUCCGCCAUAUUCUUCAUAUCAAGUAUCAUUUAGUUAAGGAAUUUUACAAAUAAGAAUUACCCUUUGCAUAGAAAAAAGAAU